AUGGCCAGCUUUUUGUUGUAUUCUUUCCUCAGCCUUUUGUCGACUCCCUUUGGUAGCGUUAAGCCAGUCUCUAGGGCUGCUGUCUCUUUUACGGGUGGAAAGGACUCUAUGUUGGCCCUGCACCGUAUUAAAGACAGUGGAUCGACUGUGGCUGUCCUGGUCACCUUUUGUCCUCCAUCAGGAACACCUUUUAGAGCACAUCCUCUGACUGUUAUCAAGCAACAAGCUGAGGCCCUUGGUAUUCCUCAUGUUGUCUGCACAGUCGAUGGACCUGACUACCUGGCUAGCUACAGAUCAGAGAUUGUUCGUAUUGGCAAAGAGUUUUCUGUCGAUGCAUUGGUAACAGGUGACAUUAUGCCUGUGUGCAGCGAUUUUAUGGAAAGAGCCGUCCAGACUACUGGAGUAUCACUUGUGCGUCCACUGUGGAUGGUUCCCAGAGACGAGCUCCUGGCCGAUAUGUGGGCCCGUAAUUUCAAUAUAAUCAUUUCAUGCGUCAACUCUACCAAACUUGGCCUAUCAGAUGAAGAGUGCGCAGGAUGUAUUGGAAAGCAGUUUACAAAAGAAUGGCUCAAGAAAUUAUGCUCCAAGAAUGCAAAGGUUGAUGCGGCAGGUGAAUUGGGUGAAUUUCACACAAUGGUACUUGAUUCUCCUCUUUUCCGCUACAAGGUUGAAGUUGAGGGAACUUGUGGUCAAGACAAUAGUUAUCUCUUUCUCCAGAUAGACUCCACGCGUCUUGUCCUAAAAUGA